UGAAGAUGUCAUAUUAACAGAGGUUAUAUAUUUUCUUCAUUAGUUUGUACACUUCUUUUCAUUAGUUUGUACACUUCUUUUGAAUGACGUGCAAUUAUUGUCAGGUAGUAGCAAAAUGUGUUUCUCUUCAAAUAUAAAGGAGUGAAUCAAGCAGAUUCUCAUUCUAGAAAUACAUUUGUAGCUUAAGAAACUAUGUGCAAUAUUUAUAUAAUGCUUAUAAUCAAAGGCAAUGUAGGUUACACAAGUUGAGGCUCAUUUAAGACUAGAGUGAUGUUUAAAUGCACUCAUGAAUAUUUAUCAAAGGGGAUACUAUUUUUGAUGAGUUAAUUUUGGUCUGUCAAUUUACUUAAAGAAAAUGUGGUAAAUGUUCAGUGAUUUGAACUUCUCAUUUAAGGGGCCGGGAUGUAAAUUGUCAAGAGUAUUCAUUUAUUCAGAUUAACUAAUUAUAUGCCAAAUCCAGUGCUAUGAUUUGCUCAGACGUCCAAUGACGUCAGAAGCGAGAAAUCUUCAGUGACAAUUUUGGCCUUGUCGCUUGGAGGCGCUGUGUAAUCUGGGCAGCAAGAAUUGACACGUGUGUUGAUAAACAUAAUCACGAUAAUUCCAUAGAUUCACCGCUAUUUUGUCGUAUUUUGAUGAGCCAAUGUUGUUGAACCUUGCUACUUGCAUCUUUAUAUUGGACGCAUGGUCUCACAACUCUGGUUUAUUGUUGUCACGGUGGUCUGUGGGGAAAUUAGUUAACGUCACCAACAGUUCAACAACAACGCUUAUGCGUUAGUCACCCUACCAUAUGUCACCCUGAUUAUUGACACCCUUUAUCUGAAUGUGAAUCAGGAUGUGUGCUGCAAAAUCAGAUGGUAAACCGGAUGGUAAACCAAAUGUCAAACCAGACGUCAAAUCAGUCACCAAGCCGGAUGUCAAACUGGACGUCAAACCGGAAGACUCUGUCAGCCAAUGUGGGAGCAAGACUUCCGCAGCUACCUCGACUUCUAGUUCGAGUACCCAUUUACGAGCCAAGGCAAUGGCCAAGCGUGCAGCCCUUGCAGCAGCGGCUAAGGGAUUGCAACUUCAGCAAGAACUAGAGGCAGAGCAACUUCGCUUAAAGCAGAAGCAGGCACUUUUGGAACUCCAGACUAAACUUGAGAUUGCCAAGGCUGAAGAGAUGAUCUACAAUGAACUCUAUGAAGAGAAUGAUGAUAAGAAGCCACAAACAAGUCACAUCAAGAAUACCACUCAAGAACACACUGACUCUGGCUUAGAUACUAACCCUCAAGGUCAAGGUAAAGGUCACGUUAAAUUGGAACCAAAUCUAGAUGACACAAUUCCUUAUCCAAUUUCAGCAAGAUCGCCCUCAUUCGGGCAAGCUGAAGGACAAUACCAGAUGCCAGAUAACUUCCAACAGAUGUCCCAGGCUCAACUCAACAAUCAACGUCUUCUAGAGGCCAUAAGUUUGUCCAACGCAGAUGUCUUCAAGUUCAAUGGGGACCCAUUAAGAUACUUUGAAUUUGUCCGAUCUUUCGACAACCUCAUUGGACGUUCAGCACUCGACAAUGGUGCUAAGCUCUUGAGGCUGUUUAACAGUUGCGAAGGAGAACCGAAGAAGAUCGGAUAG